AUGUAUUAUCAUCAUCUAAAUAAUUUAAUAGUUUUAUUUUUAAUCAUCCCAUCACUAGUAGAAUUAUUAACUAUUAAUACAGAUAUUUUAAUUUUACCGCAUAAUGCUCAACGUGGUUUUGUUUUAUUGGAAGAAACAAAACCAAGUCGAUAUAAUGAAUUUCUACAAUGUUUAAAACAAACUAAUGAUCAAUUAAAUAUUGAUAUUGAUCAAAAAUAUGGUGAUUUAAUAUUAAAUAAAACAAUAGAAAAUUUCAUUUUUAAUCAACAACGACUUCUUUGUACAAUUAAUCGAAAACAAUCAUCGAUUUUAAAACUUUAUUAUACAAUUAUCAAUUCAUCAAAUGAUAUUAGUUUUACAUCACCAAUCUAUCAUCUUGAUCCAAUAUCAUUUUCUAUAUAUCGUUUUAAAAAUAUCGAAUGUUUAUCAUCAUCAUCAUCAUUUAUCAAUUAUGAAUUUGUUGAUACAUCUAUUCCAUUAAAUAUAAAUCAAAUCACAGGACAAAUAUCUUCAAAAAAUGAAUGUCCGAAUUUAAAAGAAAUACUUAUUAAAUGUUACGAUAUAUCAAAUAAAAUAAAACAUGCAUAUGCUAAAAUUCUAUUUGAUCAAAUUUGUCAGACUAAUUCCAUCAAGCAGUCAGAUAUGGAUUGGAUUAAUAGAAUCGGCGAUGAACGACGAAAAAGACUUUAUUAUCAAGAAUCCAAUAUAAAUUUGACGCAAUCAAUUCGUCAUCGUCGUCAACAAUCUGUUCAACCACCAUCUCGUCUAACACUUCGCUUUAAUGAAUCUUAUAUUGGUUCAAUAUCAUAUAUAAAAUAUUGUCGAAGACAAACAACAAAUGAUCAUUUAGAACAAACAUUUCAAUUUCCAACUAAAUAUGAAAAUUUCUUACGUGAACGUCUUCGAAUAAAUGAUCAAGGAGAAUUAUUUGUUUUACGUCCGUUCGAUUACGAAUUAUUUCAAACAAUCACAUUUCAAUUUCAUUGUUUAAUAUUAGAACAACAAAAUGGUGGAAUGAAUUUAACACGUGUUAAUAAAACAGAAGAUAUACAAUUAAUUAUCGAUGAUGUUAAUGAUGAAUUACCACGUUGGAUUAUGGAUGAACCAUAUCAAUAUGGAACUUAUUUUGGUUAUGUUGAAAAAAGUGCACGACCUGAAACACCUGUUUUUCGUUUUAAAGCAUUUGAUCCUGAUACAAGUUCGAAAUUAACCUAUGAAAUUGUUCAUGGUGAUAAGAAUCUUUUUCAUUUAUCAUCUGAUGGAACAUUAACAACACAUUCAAAUCAACCAUUAAAUUCUCCAACAUAUAAUUUAACUGUACGAGCCGUUGAUUUAAAUUCUCAAGUUUCAAAAAUGAUGCGUUCAAAUGAAGCACAUCUAAUGAUUUAUACAAAUCAUUUUGAACCAAAAUUUUUUCAAGAAAAAUAUAUCUUUAAUGUUAGUGAAUAUACACAACCAUCAACGAUUAUUGGAACAAUAAGAGCAAAAUCAUUUUCAACAACAAGUGAUAAUUUAAGAUAUUUUCUACAACAACCAGUUACAGGUGGUACACAAACAAUUCUUCAAUCAGGAACAAUAGGUGGUGGUGGUGGUGAUAUGUAUGAAUUUAAGAUUGAUGAAACAGAAGGUUCAAUAAAAAUUUUGAAAAUGUUAAGAUAUUCUGAUCAACAUAAUAAUAAUACAAAAUUUUUUACAGGUAUUGUCAAAGAAUUAAGUGGUUGGCAAAUGCAAUCUCAUGUUGAGAUUGAAAUAUAUGUUCUUGACAUCAAUGAUAAAGUUCCUACAUUUAAACAAACAUAUUAUACACCUCAAAUAUCGGAAGAUUAUCCAUUAAAUACACCAAUUAUAAAUUUUACUGUUACUGAUGAUGAUGCACGAAAUACACCAAAUUCUAAUAUAACGUUUGAUUUAAUUGAUCCAUAUGGAAAAUUUGCUAUAUUUAAUGAUACACGUGUAUCAACAUCAAAUAAUAUUCAAGCAUAUCUUAUUGCGAAAGAACGUCUUGAUUAUGAAUCUUUAUCACCAUUAGAUCGACAAUAUAAAUUAAAAAUCAUCGCGCGUGAUCAUGGACAACCGCAAUCUUUACAAUCUGAAGCACAAAUCUAUAUUACAAUUACGGAUGUUAAUGAUGAACCGCCAGUUUUUAAAGAAAAUCCAGUACAAAAGACUAUUGCUGAAAAUACUCAACGAGGAACAUUUAUUGUUUUUGUUGAUGUUGUUGAUCCUGAAUAUAAUGAUUCAGUUACUGUACAAUUUUUAUCCACAUCCGAAUUUAAUCCAUUUCGAAUAAUAACAAGUCCAGGUGGUGGUAGAGUUAUACUUGAACAAGCACUUUUGCCGGAUAAAGAAUUCUAUAAUUUAACAAUACAAGCAUCAGAUCGUCUUGGUCAUACAUCACAAGCACAACUUUUAAUAACAAUAUAUGAUGUUAAUGAUCAUACACCACGUAUUGAACAAUGUGAACAAGGAAUAAUUACUGCAUUAAUACGUGAAAAUGCAACAUUAAAUACCCAAAUAAUAAAAAUAAAUGCGACAGAUGAAGAUCGAGGUUUAAAUGGUGAAAUACAAUUUUCAUUAAAGGGUACAAAUGAUCCCCAACAAGAUUCUGAUAUGUUUUCUAUUGAUCCUGAUACGGGAUUAGUUACAAAUAAAAAGAAAUUAAAACAUUUAAAAUCUGGAUUUAGUGAAUAUACAAUGACUAUAUUUGCACAAGAUAAAGAUCCAUCAAAUCCACGUUCAACACAUUGUAUUUUAAAAAUAACUGUCGAAGAUAUUAAUGAUCAUUAUCCUGUUAUAACAUCACCAGCACGUGAUAAUGAUUUAAUUUCAAUAAAAAUGGAAAAACGUGUUAAUUUUAAUUAUCCUGUACUUGUUGUUCGUGCUAAAGAUGAAGAUAGUGGAAAAAAUGCUCUAUUACAUUUUUCUCUUAAAUCUCGUGAUGAUUGUUCAAAUGGUAUUGAAUAUUUUGUAAUUGAUUCACAAUCGGGUGUUAUUUCGACACGUUCAUCAAAUGUAAAUAAUCCGAUAAAUUUACAAAUUAAAUAUUGUCUUGUUGUCCAAGUAUGCGAUUCUCCUGAUGAUGGUCCUCCGAAAUGUUCCGAACGGAAGAUACAAUUUCAAUUAUCUCAAGAUGGUUUCGAACCACCUGUAUGGGCACCUGAAACGGCAUUAACAUUUCAACGUGUUAUGAAAGUUGUUGAAUUAGCUCAACAAAAUAUUGUUAUUGAUACAUUUAAAGCAUCAAUUGCAAAUGAUUCAACGAAAAAAGUUAUUUUCGAAAUGGAACCAUUUAAUUGGACAUGUUCAAAUGCUGCAUUAGCUAGUGAAAAACCUCGUAUACCAUUUUUAUUAACACCAGAUGAAAAUGGACGUAAUAUUGCACGUUUAGUUAUUUAUCAACCAAUUGAUGCUGAUCCACCAACAGGUUGUACACGAUAUCAAUUUAAAAUUCGUGCUAAAAAUGCUGCUAUGGAAGCGUUGUCAUUAGAAAGUAUCUAUGAAAUUGAAAUUGUUGAUUCAAAUGAUAAUAUUCCAAUGUUUAAUGUAAGUUCAUAUCGUGCACAAAUUUAUGAAAAUGAAGUCAAAGAUAAUUUAUUACGUGUACAAGCUGAAGAUAAAGAUAUUGAUCCGAAAAAUCGAAAUACAACUUAUUUUAUAAGAUGUCCAAAUGAUGGUAAUCAACAAAAUCUUCAAUAUCAUUAUAAUAGUCCAUUAUCAAAUUCUUUAUCAUGUCAAGGAAUCGUUUCGAUUGAUCCUGAAACAGGUUGGAUAAGUGUUCAACGACAAUUUGAUUAUGAUAAUCCAGCUGAUCGUCGUUUCGUAUUUGAUGUAUUUGCUAAAAAUAUACUUCCAUCAGAUAGAUGUAGUGGUCAAAAUACCAAAGAAUCCCAAUCUCAAUCAUCUUCAUUAUCAUCUGGUGCUGAUGCUAAUCCAACGAUACAAAUUUGUGUUACUGAACAUCGUGUACCAGUUAUUAUUGAAGUAUUAGAUAGAAAUGAUAAUGCGCCUCAAUUUAAUAACUUACCAUAUUUUACUAAAGUUAUGGAAGAUGCUGAACCAGGAACUACCAUAUUUCAUUUAAAUGUUAGUGAUAUUGAUACAGAUGAUAUUUUAACAUUUUCAAUUGUAAAUGAACAAGAAGCAUCGGCAUUUGCUGUUAAAGAAAAUACUGGUGAAGUUUAUUUAGCUUCUGCACUCGAUUAUGAACGUGUUCAACAACAUAGUGUUGAGGUUCAAGUUAGUGAUUCAAAUAAUGAACAUCGUGCUCGAACAAUUCUAACAGUUAUUGUUGAAGAUGCUAAUGAUAAUCCGCCACGUUUUCUAAAUCUACCGAAAGAAAUUACUGUGGAAGAAGGUCGACAAUCAUUUGAUUAUGAUCAAAUAGUAUUACGUCAAUCAUCAAGAUUAAAACGUGAUACUCAAAUGAAUAAAAAACAAAAAGAAAAUAAUAAAAAACGAGUAUCAACAUCACCAAAAUAUCCUGAUGAUUCUUAUGAUGGAUAUUCUACUCAACAACCUUAUACAUCACGAGUUAUAUAUAAAGUUGAAGCUAUUGAUCCAGAUCUUGGUCGUCCAUUAAAAUUACCUAUUCGUUAUACAUUAACAUCAUCAAAUCCAUUAUAUACACAAUUUUUUGAAAUUCAUCCAUUAAAUGGAACAAUACAUUUGAAAAAAGAACUUGAUCGUGAUCCACCAAAUGGUUUUGAUGAAUGGUUAUUAACUAUAAUUGCAGCUGAUGAAGAUGGCAGAGAAGAUAUGGGUUCAAAGAAAAAUGCAUCAUGGUUAAAAAUUAUUGUCAAAGAUAUUAAUGAUUUAGCUCCAAUGUUUAUUGAUGUUGAUCCUAUUGGACAUAUACCUGAAGAUGCUCCGAAAGGAACACGUGUUGAAGGUUUAAGAAUAAAAGCUACUGAUUAUGAUAAAUUAUCUGAAAAUACAACACGAUAUGCAUUAACAUUAAAUACAAAAUCUAUUGAUGGUUCUGAUGUAUUUCGUAUUGAUGAGAUAACAGCGGAUAUUUAUCUUAAUGUCGAUAAUUAUCUUGAUCGAGAAAAAACUCCACAUCAUAAUUUGUCAAUUAUUGCAAGAGAUUCAGGUGAUCAAUCAGGAAAUUUACAAUCGAAAGAAUUAAAAAUUACGAUUAUUAUCGAUGAUGUGAAUGAUAUGCCACCACGAUUUAAACCUUCAAAUCAACAAGCACAAAUAUCUGAAACAGCACAACGUGGAGAUUUUGUUACAGAAGUUCGAGCAGAAGAUGAUGAUAUUGGUGUCAAUACACAUUCAUUAUAUGAAAUUAUUGAAGAAUGUCAAUUAUCAAAUGACCAAAUGACACGUUGUUCAAAACCGAGAUAUUUUAUUUUCAAAGAAACUGCAUUAGCUGAAAAAGGCACAAUUAUUCUUCUUGAACCAGUUAAUUAUGAUCCACCAGAUAAUCAAGUGAAAUUUCUUUUAAAAAUCAAAGCAACAAAUGGCGGAAUGUCUGAUUAUGCGAAUGUAACAGUGUUUGUCACAGAUGCUAAUGAUAAUGUGCCAGUCUUUUCUCAAUCGGUUUACUUUGCUAAUAUUAGUGAAGAAACACCAUUAGAACAAGAAAUUCUUCGUGUACAUGCAACUGAUAAUGAUGUUAGUCCAAUCAAUAAAGAAUUUAUUUAUCGUAUUCCACCAGAUCGUUCACAAUAUGAAAAUCGUCAACAUUUACGUAUAGAUGCAAUUAAUGGUCGAAUAUAUUUAAAGAAAAAUUUUGAUCGAGAAAAAUCUUCAACAAUUAGUUUACCAAUUGAAGCUGUUAAUAAUCAAAGUUCGAAUCCGUUAGUUGGUCGUGCUGUAUUAGUUAUUAAUGUUGUUGAUGUUAAUGAUAAUUAUCCACGUUUAGCAGAAAAUUAUGCUCCACGUGUACCUGAACAUACAGGAAGAAGAAAAAUUUUAGAAAUUAAAAUGAAUGAUCCCGAUGAUCAAAAUAAUGGAAAAAAUAGAUUUCAAAUGAAACUUGGUAAAAAUAAUGUAUGGCCUGAAGAAGGUGAUCCAAAAUUUCGUCUUGAUAUUCAAUAUGAUGGUGAUGGUAAACCACGUGGUAAUCUUAGUACAUUACGAGAACUUGAUCGAGAAGAACUUUGUCCGAAAGAGGAUAAAUAUAAAAAUCAACGUUAUUGUGGGAAAUACUAUGAUUUACCAAUUUGGAUGUCAGAUGGUGAACAAUCAGGCAUAAAUCUACUUCGUGUUCUUGUUGAAGAUAUCAAUGAUAAUCCAUUUAAUAGUGGUUAUAAAUCUAUUGAUAUCUAUGAUUAUAAACAUGCAUUAAGUAAACUUUUAUCUACUUCACGUAUUUAUCUUGGUACUGUAUUUACUGAUGAUGAAGAUGAUUGGGAUUUACAUAAUAAAGUCUUUGAACUUCAAGCAUCGGAUGAUAAUAAUUUCUUACAAGUUGAUAAAAAUAUGCAAACAUCACGUACACCAGGUGCUAUUUAUUUAACAACACAAAAUAAUAAUGCAACAAUUAAAUAUGAUGUUCCAUAUAAAUAUGAUGUUAUAGUUCGUGAUACUCAUCCACAAUGGGUACAAAGUGAUUCUAAAACGUCUUAUAUUGAAUUUCGUUUACAUGAUUUACCAUCGGAUGCAUUAGAAAAUGCUGCAUCAAUUCGUCUUCAAGAUAUAACUGCAGAAGAAUUUAUUGAAACACGUUUUCAUGAUGAAUCAUUUUUAGCAAUAUUUAAACGUUUAAUACUUGAAAUAAAUCCUCAAGCUCGUCUAAUUGAUGUUUUUUCAAUUCAAGAUCAUGAAAAUUUAUUUCGUACAAUCGAUGUUUAUUAUGCUUUACAUGGUAGUGAUUAUUUAUCAAAAAUAAAAAUCAAUGGUCUUGUUGAAAUAUCACGUUCAAAACUUGAAAAAUAUUUUAAUAUAAGUCAAAUUGGUAUCGAUGAAUGUUUAAAUUCUGAUCAACAAUGUUUUACAGUUGGUUGCUUAAAUAAAAUUGAUGUACAAUCUAAACAACCCUAUAUAAUCAAUGCAAAUCAAACAUCAUUUAUUGGUUUAAAUUUAAAAACAAUUGCUCAAUGUACAUGUGAUAAAGAUAUUCAUAUUCAACAAGAAAAACAAAAAGAAUUAUUAAAAACACAUAAAUAUUGUUUAAAUGGAGGAUAUCCAACAAGAGAUAAUCAUCAGAUAAAAUGUGUAUGCCCCGAUAAUUCAUUAUAUAAUGGUGGUGAACGUUGUCAACUAACAACUAUUUCAUUUGAUGGAAAUGGUUAUGGUUGGUAUAAACCAUUAACAACAUGUGAUACAUGGAUGUUAUCAAUUGAAUUUCUAACUCAAUCACCAAAUGGUUCAAUAUUAUACAAUGGACCAUUAAAUAAACGAAAACAAUUUGAAGAUUAUUUUUCAUUACAAUUAUUAAAUGGUCGUCUUGUAAUUGAUUUAAAUUUUGGUACUGGACAAAAUAUUCGACGACAUUUAAAAACAAGUGCAAAUUUAGCUGAUGGCAAAUGGCAUAUGAUUGAAAUACGACAAAUUAGUACAAUUGAACAUAUUUUGGAAAUUUUAAUUGAUUAUUGUCCAUUAACAAGUAUAUCAAAACAAUUUAGUGAAUGUCGAUUUAUGAUUGAAUUCAAUGAAGAUGAUGUUUUUAGUACAAAUCAACCAUUACAAUUAGGUGGAAUUGCUUUACAAGAACAACAAACUAAUCAACAAGAAUUACCAAUGGAAUAUAUGGGAAAUUUUAGAGGUUGUAUUCGUAAUCUUCGUUUUGCUGAUGAAUUAUAUGAUCUUCAUGUUGAUUUACACAGUGGUCAGUCAGUGAAUCUUCACGAUGGUUGUAUUCUAACUGAUCUUCGAUGUCGAAAACUUGGAUGUCAAUCUAAUAAUGGUAUUUGUGAUGCUGAUCUAUAUCAAGCACAAUGUGUUUGUAAACCAGGUCGAACUGGACCAAUAUGUUCUCAGGAAACAACAUCUUAUGAUUUUACAUAUGAUAAACAAACUUGGACAGGUGAUCGAGCAUCAUAUGCAACAUUUCGUCAUCAACAUAAACCUGAUAAUGAAUUAACGUUUUCAUCUCAAAUAUUAAAAUUUCAAAUAAUGUUUCGUACACGUGAAAUCUCAGAUAAUAUUUUAACAUUGAUUGAUUUUCAUAAUGAUGAUACAUUUAUGUUUUUGGAAAUUAAAUCUGGACAUUUACAAGCUCGAUUUGGUUCUAAGUCAGAUACACAAUUAGUUGAUUUAAAACAUGUAUUAGUUAAUGAUGGUCGAUGGCAUACAGCUUAUCUUGAUCGUUAUGGACAGCGAUUAUUUUUACGCCUUGAUGAUGGAGAAUAUUAUCGUUCAAAUAUUAGUUAUGGAAAAUCUAUAUGGAAACAUUUUCCUAAUACUUUAUUGAAUGUUGGUGCUCGAAUUGAUUCUGCUGUACAUAAAAUAGUUACAGCAGAUUUUAAUGAUGGUUGCAUAAUGGAUAUUCGUUUUAAUGGUCAACUUCUUGAUUUAUUAAAUGGCUCAUCAUCGUCAGAUAUGAAAUGGACAUUUCAAUCAAAUAUAAAAGAAGGUUGUGAUAAUCUUGAUAAUUGGUGUCGUGGUGUACAAUGUCGUUCACCAGCAUUUUGUGUAAAUACAUGGAGACAUGGUCAAUGUCAAUGUACAGAUACAUAUAAAUAUAAUCCAGCAAAUGAAACAUGUAGUUUAUAUGAUUGGUGUUCUGAUAUAACAAAUCCAUGUCAUAUGCCAGGUACAAAAAAUUGUUUAUAUGAAGCUCGUGAAGAUACAAUAAAAUGUGAAUGUAAAUCACGUUGGCAAGGUGAACGUUGUACAAUAAAAGCUAUGCCAUUAGCUGGAACAUUUAAUUGGCAAAUAAUAGCUUCAACUAUAUUCUGUCUUAUAGCUAUAUUACUUCUUGUUCUAUUACUUGUUUUAAUAACACGACAAAGACAAUCGAAAAAAGCUUAUAUACUUGGUAUGGAUGAUGAAAUACGAGAUAAUAUUAUAAAUUAUGAUGAAGAAGGUUGUCCAGAUGAAGAUCCUGUUACAUAUGAUAUAUCAACAUUAAAAAAACCAGUAUUUUCAGCAAAUGGAAAUGCAAAUCAAACUCGUAAUGGUAGACAAAAUUCUGAAUCAGAAAGUAAACCAUUAUUAAAAACAGUUCCCGAUGGAAAUAAUCCAAUGGAUUCAUCGAAAAAAAAUGCAAUAAGAAAAGAUAUGCCACCUAUUCCAGCACCAAAACCUAAUCUAAAUAAAAAUCAAACAAAUGGUUUAAGUAAUGGUAUUAAUGUUGGAGAAUUUAUUAAAGGUCGAAUACGUGAUAUUGAUGAUGACCCAUCACAACCACCUUAUGAUAGUUUACAAGAAUAUGCUUAUGAAGGUGAACCAUUAGCACGAAAUGAAGAAUGUACAUUAUCAACAUUGACUAUAACAUCAAAAGAUCAGAAUGAUAUUGAUAAAGAACUAGAACUUGAAUAUUUAAAAAAUAUGGGACCAAAAUUUCAAUAUAUUGCUAAACUUUAUGCAGGCAAUGGAGAGAAAGAAUCUUAA